UCAGUUUAAAUUCUUAUUUUUAACAACUUUGAGCAGCAAGCUAUGUACUCGUAGUCAGCUACUUGUGUGGAGUAAAAUUAGCUGUCAACGGAUGUUCGAAUUUUCGAUAUUUGUGUAUAACAGCUGACGGGAAUGUCAGACAUAGACAUUUAGUUAAUUCGCUGCUAAAAUGUUUGGCUAAAGGCAGAUAAUAAAAUUUUUUCGUGAAGGUAAUUUGUAGAACUAAAUUGUAUAUAUAUUUUUAUAAAAAUAUUGAUAUAAAAAUAUAUAAUAUUGUAUAAAGAAGUGUAUAAAUGAAAUAAUGGGUGGCUGCAUGGGCAUACAUAGUACAGACAAUGAGACUGUAAGUGUUUCGUCUGCAAGCGUUUCACGACCGCCAAGUGGACCACAAGCGGGUGCUGCACGUAAAAAUCGUCCACUUUGUCAUGAAACUAUACGUUGGCGUUCUGAUGUGCCACUGACUGAAGGUCAAUUGCGUUCAAAAAGAGAUGAAUUUUGGGACACUGCACCGGCAUUUGAUGGUCGCAAAGAAAUUUGGGAUGCUUUACGUGCUGCAACUACAGCUGCAGAAGGUUUAGAUUUUCAGUUGGCGCAAGCAAUACUCGAUGGAGCAAAUGUAUCAGUACCAAACGGUUAUCUCACAGAAUGUUACGAUGAACUUGGUACGCAGUACAAGGUACCCAUUUAUUGCUUAUCGUAUCCUAUAAAUAUUGUCAGAGAAGAAAAUGGUCGAGACUCACCUGCUGAAUAUUCUGAGCCCGUCGAUGGUGGCGCAGAAGUGGUACUGAAAUUAAGAAUAUCCUCAACAAUGUCUGAUAUUAAAUUAGCAGUUUACUCAAAGGAUACAAUAGGUCAAUGCAAAAAGAGAUUACAGGCUACGGAAUCCAUAGAUACAUGCUGUCAACGCUGGUUCUAUAGCGGUAAGCUGUUGGGUGAUAAAGUACCAAUCGAAGAGUGCAAUAUCACUAAUGGUUAUGUGGUGCAAGUGAUUGUUAAUACGGAGCAUGAUAACCAUGAUAACAGCACAAGUAUUGUAGCUGCAAGCUAGCC